AUGGCGGCGUCCAAAGCAAGGGUAAAUUUUGUCGUAACCUUCUUACGAAACAGGAUUACAGUAAGAAAAUUGUGCCCUGUUACACGAUUCGAAAAAGUCGCAUUUACAAGUGGAGUCAAGGAAGAAGUAAAAGAAGUUGCUCCUAGUAGAGCAGAAAUGGCGUACACUGCCAAAAAAUCAGCCUAUGAUGCAUUAUUUAAAAAAGAAGUUGAGGAGUUUGAGAGAGGAAAACGCCAUCUUGCAAACAUGAUGGGAGAGGAUCCAGAAAAUUUUUCACAGAAAGAUAUUGAUGAUACUUAUGCAAAACUUUUAGAAGUGCAAGAAAUAGAAAAUAACAAAUUAUCAAAAGGAAUUUUUGAUGCAGAUGAACCAUUAUACCUUACACGAAGUGUAUGGAUUGAAAAAAACGCAUUAGAGAAAAUAGUUUUAGAAAACAUAUCCAAUCAUGAUUAUAAUAGAUUUAUUAGAUUGCUUGAAAGGAUAAUACAGCAACCUUAUGCAAAACAUGCACAAGAUUACAUCAUGCAAUUCAGAAAGGACAUUGUAGCUGUAACUAGCAAGGAUGUGGUUGAUCCGAUAAAGCAUGACGAGAAUGGUAUUGGUUAUGCCGAAGCUGAUGGGUCUCGCAAGCGUGCUAAAGCUCAUGUGGUUGUACGAGAGAAAGGAACAGGAAUUGUCAAAAUAAAUGGCAAAGACUUAAUAGAUUAUUUCUGGAAUAUUCAAGACAGAGAACAGAUAAUGUUUCCAUUCCAAUUUGUGGACAAAUUAGGUGAAUUUGAUAUGGAGUGCACAGUGACUGGAGGAGGACUGUCAGGUCAAGCUGGGGCUAUUAGACUUGCAUCCUCUAGGGCACUGAGGAGUUUUGUUAAUGAGGAACAAAUUGAACACAUGAGACAAGCUGGUCUAUUAACACAGGAUCCAAGGAUUGUUGAGCGAAAGAAACCUGGACAAAAGGGUGCACGGAAAAAAUUCACAUGGAAAAAACGAUAGUACUUUGCAUAUCAUGCAUGCCCAUUUUUUUUUUUUUUGAAUAAAGAUGCACAGACCAAGCAUAA